ACAGCCAGAGCCCGCCCAUGUCAUGUUUAUUGAUCCUGGCGGCGGAGGCCCUCCCGCGGGCGGGCAGGCAGGCAGGCAGCAGUCGACUCCGGGAGGCUCACUGACUAUGGCGCUCCAGCUCCUUGUGCGCCUCCCCGUGGGAAUCCACCGACAGCCGCCUCCUGUCGACCUCGUCACCGCGACACUCGAACCCUAGCGGUCUCCGCGGAGAGCAAGCACCCAUGGCGAUGGAGGACCAGCCUGACAGCCCCGUGACCGACAAGAGAGGCAACAGCGGGGCUUGCAUCGACAGGCAGCCGGACGCGGUGCUCCACCAAGCCGGGCUCUUCCACGUCGGAAGUCGCGGUGCCGCCGCCGCCACAACAGCCGGGAUACGAGUGCUAAAGUGCAACAUGAAGCAAGCCGGGAGUCGCGGCUGCAUGACGAGAAAGCGCAGAUUCGGAUCCCGGGAGCGCGACUGGCUGAAGAGCGACACCAAACGCGGCUGCGUGUGUCUGUACGGGGGUACGGUGGACCCGCAGCUACCGACCUCUGGGCCCCAAGCCGAUGUGCAGCUGGUGCUCUGCUCUACUAGCACCACAGUGGAGGAGAUGUGUGCCCAGAGGGACGUAGAGGGCCUCUUUGUUCAACUGCAUGGAGAUCUGUUCAGGAGGCUGGAGCCCUCCGAGCGACCCCUCCAGAUGCUUUAUGACUACCUGGCCGCGAUGGGCUACGCCGACCCGGUGCGUGUGCAGCAAGAGGCUGCCAAUCCCGACCUCAGCUGCUUGAUCCGCUUCUACAGCAAGCGACCCGUGAAUGCAGACCAGCAGGAGCGCACUCUAUUGAAGGGCGUGUUCAGUGUCCGCAAGGGCAAGACGCAGUUGCACAAGUGGGCCGAACGGCAGGUCAUUCUGUGCGGGACGUGUCUCAUUGUGGCCUCUGUCAAAGACAGCCUUACUGGAAAGAUGCACAUCCUGCCCUUGGUAGGGGGGAAGGUGGAGGAAGUGAAGAGAAGACAACACUGUCUGAUGUUCAGCUCAGCCGGAUCGCAGGCACAGACUUACUUUGUUAAUUUUGACACACUGGCCAAUUUCCAGAGAUGGCAUCGACAGGCAAACAAAAUGGUGUCGCAGACUGUCAGCCUGGUGGACCUGUCAUGCUACAGUCUUGAGGCAGUGCCUGAGUAUCUCUUUUACAGUCAAGACGUCACCCACCUCAACUUGCGACACAACUUUAUGAGCCUGCUGGGGCCUGGUGGUCUGCUUCAUCUCCCUAGGUUCUCUCAGUUGAAGAGCUUGAACUUGUCUCACAACCGUCUGGGGGUUUUCCCGGAAUGCGUGUGUGAAAUCCUCACCCUCACUGAGCUCUGCCUCUCCUGUAACAAUCUGCACAGCGUACCCGCGCAGAUCGGGAACCUCCAAAGCUUACAAACGCUGUCUUUGGACGGAAAUCACCUGAGCUCCCUGCCCGCAGAGCUAGGCGAACUGUCCCAGCUCAGCGGUCUCGGCCUCUCUUUCAACGACUUCAAUCACAUCCCCGCUGUGCUGGAGAGACUGAUUGCGGUGGACAAGUUGUCCAUGGCUGGGAAUCAAGUGGUGUGUUUGGAGGUGUGUGCUCUACUCAGCGUGAGCCACCUCAAACACAUCGACCUCAGGCUAAAUGGACUCCGCUGCGUGAAAAGUGAAUGUCCAGAAAACGUGACUCAGCUGACCAAUCUGGACCUGAGAGACAACUUUUUAGACUCACUGGACCUCACUUCCAUCUGCAGCUUGGAGACUCUCCACUGCCAACGCAACCAGUUGAGGACAGUGACAGUCAACGGCUUUGCGUUGCGCAUGCUUCAAGCCGGCAGCAAUCGCCUCAGUGCAGUCAAUAUUUCCACGGUCCCGAGCCAACUGACACACUUGGAUUUAUCACAGAAUCUUAUGGAGCACCUACCAGAUUGGGUGUGUGACUGCAAAAAAAUGGAGACGCUGGAUGUCACGCACAACCUCCUCGCUGAGCUUCCUUCCAGGUUGCUUAGCAGUUUGAGUUUGAAGAAGCUUCAUGUGGGGAGCAAUCGCUUGCAGAAACUGCCUGACCUGCUGGAGCAUGUCCCCCUGGAGGUCCUGGAUGUCCAGCACAACAAACUAGGAGAACUCCCAGAGAGUCUCUUCUUCAAGGCCUUAAAUCUCAAGCAUUUAAACGCUUCAGCCAAUAACUUGGAAAGUAUUCCUUCCUGCGGCCAAUCAGAUGACAGUCUGAGUACCCUGCAGGAGCUCUACCUAACCAGGAACAACCUUGAUGAAAACUGCGGCGCUGUGUUAGUGGGACACCACAAUUUGAGGGUCCUGCACAUGGCCUACAAUCAGCUGCAAUCAUUCCCAGCCAGUAAGCUGAGUAAACUGGAGCUGCUUGAGGAGCUCAAUCUAAGUGGCAACAAACUGAAAAGCAUCCCAUCCACGGUGUCUAGCUGCAAGAGACUGCAUACCCUCAUCGCCCACUCCAAUCAAAUUAGCGUCUUCCCGGAGAUCCUCGACCUUCCUGAAAUCAAGCUUGUGGAUCUGAGCUGUAAUGAGAUGACUGAGAUCCAACUGCUCAAAUCGCUGCCGCCCAGCCUGCAGGAGUUGGAUUUGACAGGCAACAGCAGCCUGAUUCUAGAACACAAAACUCUUUAUCUCUUCAGUCACAUCCCCACAUUGAAAUUGGACCAGAAAUCGACCACAAUGGGAGACUCACAAAACGUCUCCGCUCCCUGGAGCCACGGGUACUCUGAGAUGAGCGGCCAAAGAAACAAGUUGUGUGUGUCGGUGCUAGCCAUUGAUCAACUAGGAGACAGCGUGGAAGCAUGCUACGGUAUUUUCGACGGGGACCGUAAUGAAGAAGUGCCUCGGUUGCUGCAGUGCACCAUGGGCGACGUGCUGUGCGAGGAAGUGCAACAUUCCAGUAUUGACAGCGUGUAUAUGAGCAAUACCUUCCUGACCUCUCACAGGAAGCUAGGUAUGGCCGGACAGAAAUUGGGUGCCUCUGCCUUGCUCUGUUAUAUCCAUCAUGAGUCCUCGGAGCCAGGAGGCUACCUCAGCGUGACCGUGGCAAAUGUGGGAAACUGCCAGGCGGUGCUGUGUCGCGAUGGGCGACCCGUUCCCCUCUCCAAGGUGUACAACCUGGAGAACUGUACAGAAGAGAUGGAGCGGGUUAAACUCAGCAAAGCCAUUAUUACUGAGGAUAACAAAGUGAGCGGUGUGACAUGCUGCUCUCGCCUGCUGGGCUGCUCUUAUCUGUCUCCCUGGGUGCUUCCGAAGCCUUGGGUGCACACCGAGCCGCUCUCAUCCCAGGAUGACUUCUUGAUCCUAGGGAAUCGCGCGCUGUUUGAGCGCGUUUCCUACCAGGAAGCCGUGUGCACGGUUCAGGCCUUGCAGGAUCCGCGCGUGGCCGCCAAAAAGCUUUGCACGCUGGCCCAGAGCUAUGGUUGCAAAGACAACAUCGGGGCUGCGGUAGUGACCUUGAAAAUCGCAGAGGACAGCUGCACCUGCGAGCCGCCAGUCUACAGUACUGAACCCCGGGGUAUGCUUGUGUCGAUGACGCCCGCUCCGAGUGACACAGCCACUUUGUCAUCCACUAGCGGAGUCGUUUCCGAGUUCAACAGCGAGAAUUCUGCUUCAGAGGUGGGCAGCGAGGCGGGCUCCACCGCCUCCGACGAGCACCCGACCUCAGGCGGUGUCGCGCCUCGCCCCGAGAGACGUUGCAGCCUGCACCCGGGUACUGCGCUGUGCGGCAUCAUGAUCCCGGGCCCAGUUGGGCUAGGGAGCCACACGGGCCUGUUCCAGCGGCAACCUUCCUGCGCCACGUUCUCCAGCAACCACUCCGACAAUGGCUUGGACAGCGACGAUGAGACUCCGCCGGAGGGCGUCAUCUCCAAUGGAAGCAGGUUAGAAGUAGAGGUGGAUAUUCAUUGCUGUGCCUUCCAGCUCCGGUCCGGGGCCCCCGAGUACCCGAAGGAAACAGACUUUGAAAACAAAGGGUCCGAUUAUCCUAACGGCAAGAUGCGCAGGCAGAACAGUGUCGUUGUCUCAGCCACAAACGGCUGUCUCCUUGCUGUUUGCGGAAGGGAGAUUGCGGACCUGAAGAAAUCUCCGUCAACUUCGUGCCUCUUUGGGAAGAAGUUGUCCAACGGGUCUGUGGUUGCCCCCGAGGACAGUCACAAUCUCAUCGAGGUGGCCCUGGAGGCACCUAAGAAGAAGUCUGGGUAUUUCACUGCCCCGGCGCAACAGGACCCUGAAGACCAGCUGAUUGUACCUCCGUGUCUGGAGCAGGAAGUACGGGAGCAGCUAAAAAGCCAGAAUCCUCUUGUUUCGGGACCCUCUGCAUUAUCCACCCCUCCUUCCUUAAAAGACUCAGGCUGGGACCAAUCGCACCCUUCUGCUCUUCCCUUUGCCCCGAGCAUAGUGCCAGGACCUGGAACCCCCUCGAUCAUAAAGCCUGAAGUCUAUGAUACUGCCCUCUAAAAGGGGGACCAUAGCACAACUUGGCUGCCAUGCUGUUAUCGUGCCAUCAUAAGGAAGUACAGUCAAUGAGUCCAUUGAUGAAUUAUUGUCAUGUUAAAGGGGACUCAACUUUGUGAUUCAAGCCUGAAAUUGUACAGGUACAUGGACAUCACCAAGCUUAUCUCACUUUGAAAUUGUGCUCAGCGUGGCUCAAUAUUGUUCUAGUAAAAGUGCCUACUGCCGGCGACUCAGCCUCAGAGUUCCCAGGCUACACGGCUGUUUUAGAGUAGAGCUUCGUACUUAUACCUGAGGGAGGGACAACAAUGCUGACACAGCAAGUCCUACUGUAGCUUAGAAAAGAAAAUCUUUUAAAUGACACCCACAGAAUAGAAACCCAUUUUUAUCAAGUAUCAUUUCAGUUCAUUUUGUGUUUUUGGCACAGUAGCUACUAGUUUGGUUUGUGAUUCCAUCCUGGGAUUGUGACGAUUGAUCAUGUGGGUUGCCAAAGCAUUUACACCUUCUAACUGAAGAGGGGUAUAUAUUUUUUACUCUGUGGAUGUACUGAAAAGAAUGGGGGAAGCCAAAUUGAGAUUCUUCACUUUUUGUUUACGAAACAUGCUAAAAACCAAGCUAAUCUAGGUCAAAACCAGAUGAAUAUUUAAAGGGUUCCACGGAUAAAAAGACUUGUAGUUCUUAAAAGAUAAACGUUAUUAUGAGUUAAAAUAAUUUGAUAUUGAAACUCCUCUUGAUAUUUCGUUUUUAUACAAUUUGUAAAAAUUUGUUUAACUCAUAGGUCGCCAUUGUUGUUGACGUAACAGGGCAGUGACGUCACAUGUUUACACUGCUGGGAUUCCAGAGUAUGACUCAAGCAACAUAAACAUGUCAUCUGUUAAACCCUUUCAAUUUGAGCCCGAGAGGAACAUUAAUAAGCAUGACAGCACUGUCGAUAUUUCACAAAACGAGCAGCAAAAGCAAAAUGAACAGGAAAGACAGGAUGAGACAAGACGAGAGUAGGUUUUUCGCAGUUAAUGGGGACCAGAACCCGCCGUGAUAAGUGAAAAACCGCGAAGUAGCCCUACCCCCCCACCCCAAAAAAAAAAAAAAAAAAA